CCCCCGCGGCAGCCGACCCUGGACCCUUGGCCACGUGCAGCGGGGCCACGUGCUUCUUGGGACUCUCCACUAAGCCUCUUAGAGCCCCGCAGGUCACCGGGCAAUAAUCUGGGGCGGAGCAGCAUCCCCUAAGAACCGCUAAGACUGUCGGAUGCGCCUCUUCGGUUGAGUGGCUUCCCUCGCCCAGAAUACCUUCAUAGACGUUUACUUCUGGGCAUAGGAGCAAACUCCUAGCCGCCAUGGGGUGUUCAGCGCCCCAAAAAAUAUUUGCGGGGGCCGCCCUCCCCCACAGUUGAUGGGCACUGCUAUUCAAAUAGUGUGCAUGCACCUCAUCAUGUGAUCAAGUUAUGCGAGCGGGGCUUACCUGCUCCCCCAAUGUUUUAUUGAGGUUGGCACUUCUUCUUCUGGGUGGUCUGUUCCUACAUGAGAGAAUUGGGAUGGAGGGCAAAGCCAACUGAGUUUUCUCAGAAUCUAGCCUGUCAGGAAAUGGGGAGGAACCCAUUCAUCCACGGGAGGUAUUCCCUCUUAGCGCAAAUCUUUGGGGCCUUGCGUAGCAUAAGAGGAAACCCCCUUUUCCGUCGCGUCUGGGUGAACAGCGGGGUGCUGCUCGCCGCCUCUUCUGUUAUAGACGCGAAGGCAUUUACUUGGGUUUAUUAAGGCAGCCCAAAGGGAGGGGCCCCGCUUGAGAUGCGGGAGGGGGCCCUGCUGAUCCCUGCUAAACCCAGCCGCAGCCUGACGCCCAGAUCCUCCUUGGAAGUAAGCCUGAGCGCAGCUGGGGCGUAGGGGGGCUUACUCUAUAAUUGAAUUACAGGCGCUCAGUGUAGACUGAGGGAAGGAGAGACGGCUAAGCGGCCUCUCGCUUCUGCCGCUGCCGGCCUGCUCCGACCGUCGCAUGCAAGGCGGGGAAGCAAAUCCCUCGAGAUCCUAAUGCGCGGCUGCCGGCAAAGCCCCUCGCUCCGGGAAGCCCCUUCCGAGGACGGAGGACCAGCCCACCAUGUUCUUGGUCAAGAUGUUUCAGGGCGAGGAGGAGGAGGAAGGCGAAGGGGCGGGCGCCAGCCUGGGACCGGUGCUGCUGGAGGGAGGCAGCCCCCAUCUUGGACGGAGGGUCCAUUUCCUGCUGCCCCACACUAUCAUCCAGGAGCCCCCGCCCCAGCUUCAGGAGCGAGCCUUUUACCAGCGGCUGGAGCGCUUGCUGGGAGGAGAAAGAGGCGGCUUUGCAGCGCUCUUUGCGGCCGACGGCUGGGAGGACCUCCGAGAGGACAAGUCCCUACGGAAGCGGCUGGUGAAGAGCAGUCCAGAGGGAGGCAGCUGGCCACAACUGGGCCAAGAGGUUACUGUGAAGAUGCUGGGAAUCCUGGAGGACCACAGCCUGGUGGAAAAGGACCAAAAGCUCACCUUUGUCCUUGGCCAGGGGGAGGCAAUACAGGCUUUGGACCUUGGCGUCCUCUCCAUGCAGCUGGGUGAAAUAGCCCUUUUCCUCGCUGGCCCUGCUUGUGCCUACGGUCACCUGGGCAGAGAGCCAGAUAUUCCCAAAGAUGCCACGUUGCUGUACGAGGUGACUCUGCUGCACGUGCAGGACAGCCCGGACCUGUUGCUGUUGCCCACCAUGGAGCGCCUCAGCCUGGGCAACCAGAAGCGGGAGUGGGGCAACUUCCACUUUGAGCGGGGGGACUACCAGCAGGCCCUGCACUCCUACCAGCAGGCUUUGCAUGUCCUCUCCUUGCCAGGGACAGACUGCCCGAGCCAAGAGGAGGAAGAGGAGCUGCAUGACCAUCGGGUCAAAUGCCUCAACAACUGUGCAGCUGCCCAGCUGAAGCUGAAGCUUUUGGAUGAGGCCCUGGCAUCCUGCAAUGAAGUUAUACAGCUUGACCCAGAGAACAUCAAGGCACUUUACAGGAAAGGGAAGCUGUUGUCAGAGCGGGGAGAGGACCAGGCAGCCACCACCGUUCUGAAGAGAGCCCUGCAGCUGGAGCCAACUACCAAGGCUAUCCAUGCUGAGCUCUCCAAACUAGCAAGGCGGCAGAGGGGGCAGCUGGAAUGCCCUGGUCCAGGAGGGGCCACUCCGGAAGACAUGGCAACACCCACCAUUGCUCACAGUGCUCAGACAGAUGCUCCUGCUCCCCAGCCAAGCUGAGUGGCUGCUUCUUUUCCUGGGUUGACCCUAGAAAGCCUUGCAGAAAUAUGAAGUUCCACCUUCUCCAACAGCAAGGACUUCUGAGGGGCGUCAGGGCCAAAUACUUGUUGUGUGUGCCCACUUGUUUCUCCUGGGAUGGGGCAGACCCACAGCUGCUAUGGAACUGUGUGGCUCUAAGUCCCAAAAGGAACUCUUCCUCCUCCUCUUUCUCUACCACCACCAGCAGCAAUUGAGAGGUUUGCAAGCGACGUUUAUCCAAGAAUGAAACAUGGCACCCAAAGUCAAGUGGCUGGCUCUCAUUGACACCUUUGAUGAUGAUGUUCCCUAAGUGUAAAGGAAGGCUGUCAUUGUGAAAGGGUGGGAAGAUCCUUUCCAGCUGAAGCUGGAUACUCUGAGGCUGGAUGUUGCCCUGCAACCCAGCUUGCUGCUUAUAUUUUCUUCUGUGCUCUAUUCAUUUCCCUGCCAAUCUGCAGGGAAGCCACCUUGGAAUACAUGUCUCAUUCAACCCAAA